GAGAGCCACUGCUAUCAGCGCGUGCACGCGUGUGUGUGUUCAUGCGUUGGAAUGGCACAUACAGUAUCGGGUUAGCGCGAAAAAGUGGAGGAAGUAUGGAGAUUAUUUUCUGAUAUACAUGGAAGACCGAGGGAGUAUUAAAGCCACCACCAAGGCGGAUGACGUGGUCUUCACAAAUCGCGGUACGUCCAACCGACCGCAAUCGGCUGUCGACCAGUCAUUUCAUGCGUUUCUGAUGCAUUUUCGCAUGAGGCGGAUCCAUGAUACCGUGGUGCGUGUCGCGAAAUAAGACAGUUUAUGAUGCGUUAUGCAAACAACGAAACUCUGUGAUAGAUGGGCGCCGCUUGUUCGCCGCUCUAUUUGACGGUGAAUGUCGAUUAGUGCAUAUUAAUUAAGAGGAUAAUGAGAGAUCGGAAAGUUUCGAUUUGGAAACUUCACGCGAAUACGAAGGAUCACCCAACGGUGAAAUCUAGCGCUUUCCAACGAAUCUCAAACGACAGAUUCAACAAUUAAAAAAGCGAUAUUUGCAAUCGUUCAAGUCUUUUAUAAUUCUACGCAUAACAAGAUUCAUCAUUAUUACUGAAAUAAGGUGAUACUUCAUUACUAAACUUCAUUGAUUUAACUUCAUUGAUUGACAAGAUACGAAUGAUAUCGCUAAUAAAAUGUAUAACUUAAAACCAAGUCUACAGAUUAUGAUAUUAUAUAUCAAUAUUUUCUAUAUAUCGCACGUUUCACAAGUAGAAGCAGAAGGUAUUUCAUGUUUCAAGUGUCUCAUGACAUUCACAAACCCGGACGACACAGAUCUGCUUUGUUCUCAUUUCGACGGAAGUGCCAAAUUCCAAGUGUUCUGUCCAACCUCGACACUUUGUAUGAAAAGAACCGUUCAGUAUAAGUCUAAAACAUCUGCAGUGACCACUGUUCAACGAGAUUGUGCACCACAGAAAUAUACUUCUCACACUUACAACGACGCCGAUAAACAAUGGUAUAAAAAGGAAGAGAUCAUAACAUCCGCUUAUGACGAAGGUUGCUUUAUUGGAGAACACAGAGGCGCGCCUACUGGCCCACCUGAAUACUGUUUUUGUAGUUUUCAUUUGUGCAAUUCAUCUCCUUCGCAAAUUGGAAUGUUUAACAAAGUAUAUGAGGCAAUAUUAGCGAUGUUAAUUAUGAGAUUGUUAUAAAACAAUAUAUAACAUUGUUUUAAUGUGUACAAA